GACAGCAGAAACAGCAGCAAAUGCCAUCUCACUUUUUUCAUGCCAGUGCUAGUAGGUAUUAGGUGUUACCUUCGUGUAGUUUCUGAAAGGAAUUCUAUAGGACCUGUAGUGCGUUUUGGAGAGUUGUAUACGGUUGUUUGAUGUUGUUUGUAUAUAUAUAUAUAAACUCCUUGACUUGGGACCAUCCUUCAGUUCCUGUUAGCGACUUUUUGGUUUCAGUGUGACUGAUGGAAUGAUUUUGCCUCGAGCAUUGGGAGAAAGCUCAACAUAGACAGAUCGGGCCAAAGAACAGCCAGAGUGCUGUGAAAUUGCCCUUGACUUUUGGUGCAAAGAACCUUCGAGACUUAGCAGGUUUCGGAAUUCCCUCACAUGCGAAGCUUUGAAUAUUGAUCCCUUCAGAAGGCCCUUGGCCCUUGCAUCGAAAGUCCUGGGUGGCCCGAACGUGCGAGCGACAUGGCACGCUGCUUGAUCUUUACCUUGAUCUUGGCAGCCCAUGGCAGCGAGAUUCAGGUGGUGUCCAAUGAUUUCUCCUUUGCCAUGGUCAACCAUGCCACUGGCCUUGCCGAGUGUUGGGGUGAUGUGAAGUAUGGCGGGGAUUGCAGCGCAGUCGACUUUGCUGGAGUUCUUCAGGUGAAGGCCAACUCUCGUUCGAUGGCCGUGCUGACUAGCACCGGUGGAAGCUGCUGGGGCUACGCUGCCUAUGGAGGUGACUGCAGCACGCAGGGCCUUUCCGGCAUGACGGAGCUCCACUCGACUGACUUGAGCUACUUGGCCUUCGAUGCAGUCGGAAAACGAGGCACUUGCUGGGGCCAUAGCUCCUAUGGCGGCUCCUGUGGCACAAUCGACUUCAGCCAAGUGACGAAGAUCAGCAGCAACAAGUACGCCUAUGUGGCCUACAGUGCUUCCACACAAACCUUGCAGUGCUGGGGUUCCAGCUCCUAUGGUGGCAACUGUGAGGCCUCCGCCUUCACUGGCAGCAGCCUUGGAGAAGUCACAGAGCUCAUUGCCUCCAUCGGCGCCUUUGUUGCCUUCGACCGGACGGCAGGGACCAUCACCUGCUGGGGCAGCAGUGCGUAUGGAGGCGAUUGCAGCUCAGUGACCUUGACGGGCAUCACGGAGGUGUACACCAAUGGCAAUGCCUUCGUGGCUUUGAACAAGAACUCUGGACUAGGCCAGUGCUGGGGAGGCAGUGGUGGCGACUGCAGUGGCAUCGACUUCUCCGGAGAUGUGCAGAUCUACUCCACUCAGUCAGCUUUUCUGGCCUGGAAGUCGGGUAGUGGACAUUGCUGGGGCGAUCUCACCCGGGGUGGCAACUGCAGUGCUGUGAACUGGGCUUCAGUGAAGCAGAUUUACAGCAACGACUAUGCCUUCUUGGCCUUGGACAGCAGUGGAGUGGCGCAGUGUUGGGGCUUGGAAGGCUAUGGCGGCAACUGUGAGGUCGGCAACUUGGAUGGCUUUGAGAUCUACUCCAGCAGCACGGUCUUCGCAGCCAUCAACUCCAUCACGGGUGUUGGCCAUUGCUGGGGCCAGGAGGCCUAUGGCGGCAGCUGCAGCACGCUGGACUUCACAGGUGUCACAGAUGUUUGGGCCAAUUCACGCGCAUUUCUGGCUGUGGACCGCAACCUGCAGGGCCAGGCAUGGGGGGCCUCUGCGCAGGGUGCAGACGUCAGUGGAGUGAACUUCCCCCAAGUCUUGACGAUGCCCACCACCGUGACCCCGACCACGACACCUGCGACAACCACACUGGCUCCAACGGUGCCUCCAACCACAGAGCUCCCCUCUACGUCCUCUACCUCAAGUGCAUCAGGGCAAUGCAUGUUCAUUUGUCAUUGGUUUAUGCGAUCCAAUCGAUUCAAGAGUCGAUUUUGUGGGAUGGACUUCUGCAGUGGCUGUGAGGAGUGUCACAGUCAGGAUGAGGGAUCUCAGACAACCACGACAGUUGAGUUGCCUGUGUGCAGUGAGGUUUGCAAGCAGUACAAGGGUUCUGCUGCCAACGGCGGUUGGAUG